AAGGCAUUCAAUCACUAACAAGUUAACCAACAAACAUGGGAACACACGAUCCACACUGCACCCCAGUGAAUCAACACUCUCUUCCAUUGGCAUGGGGCUCAUAUGACAGGGAAAUGUUAAACGCUUUCAAUCUGAAUUAACUGACAGAUCCUACUACUAUUCUUGUCCCAAGGUUUGGCUCCAAGCUGUGCUCCAGCCUCCGCCAAUCCACAGACACCACACCCCUAACCUCUGCUUGCUGAUCGCAUCGCAAUGGCAUAUAUUACACCCCUCCACCAUGCCAGCAGUGUUGACAAUGCUAUCAAGCUGCAGUUUAUGAACCCUGGGGAGGAUUGUUUGGUUGUUGCAAAAUCCAAUCGCCUCGAAUUCUACUUGCCAACCCCUGAUGGUCUCUCGCUACAGCAUGCAAAGGCCAUAUACGGCAAAAUCUCAGUCCUACAGAAGGUCCCGCGAUCGCAUUCCUCCGCAACGGACCUGCUCUUCGUUGGCACGGAUCGCUAUGCAUACUUCACGUUAUCAUGGGACCCAUCAACAUGUCAGCUCCAUACAGAGCAGAAAUAUCUAGAUAUAGCGGACCCUUCGCUGCGCGAUAACCAGAGUGGUGAUCGCUCAUGGGUGGAUCCGUCCGGGAAGUUCUUAACCAUGGAAAUUUACGAAGGCAUAAUCUCGGUCAUACCAAUCGCACAAGAGCCCCUGAAGCGGCCAUCUCCAUCAGCGGGUCGUUCUUCAGGAACAUCUGAGCAGCGCGAGUACCUGGGAGAACCACUUCAGACCAGAAUUGAGGAGCUGAUCGUUCGAUCAACGGCGUUUUUGCAUCAUGACCCGACUAAACCCCCGCGAAUAGCUAUUCUGUACGAAAACACACAAGGGAAGGUGAAGCUCAAACUGAGAGAUCUCAUAUACUCCCGAGGAAUCCCUGGAGGUGAAGCUAGCGCCGCGGAAUUCAGAGAUGUAGAUGACCUCUACGAUGACUUGGAGCUGGGGGCUGAUAUCCUGGUCCCUGUUCCCUUGCCUCUUGGUGGAGUGCUUAUCCUAGGGGAGAAAUUUAUCAAGUACAUCGAUACUGUCAAAAAUGAAACUAUCACGCGGCCACUGGAGCAUAAUACAAUAUUCGUGGCCUGGGAGCAACUGGAUAAUCAGAGAUGGCUGUUAGCUGAUGAUUACGGCAGAUUGUUCUUCUUCAUGUUGAUCCUUAACUCUGCAAACGCGGUGCAGAGUUGGAAGGUUGGUUUACUAGGAGAAACAUCUCGUGCAUCAGCUCUCGUACAUCUCGGUGGUGGCGUGGUGUUCCUAGGCUCGCAUCAGGGUGAUUCCCAUGUAAUCAGGAUCACGGAAGGUUCGUUUGAAAUCAUUCAGACGUUGUCCAAUAUCGGCCCAAUUCUUGAUUUCACUGUAAUGGACCUGGGUAAUCGAGGUGAAACUCCUACCCACGAAUUCUCUUCGGGGCAAGCCCGAAUCGUAACUGGGUCUGGAGCUUUUCGCGACGGAAGCUUAAGAAGCGUUCGCAGUGGUGUCGGAAUGGAAGAUCUGGGUGUCCUUGGAGCCAUGGAGCAUAUCACUGAUUUAUGGGGCCUAUCUGCAUUCUGUCCGGAGGGAUUCUGCGAUACCCUACUAUUGUCUUUUGUGGACGAAUCGAGGGUUUUUCAUUUCUCUCCUGACGGAGAAGUGGAAGAGAAGGAUGACUUCCUCGGGCUGUUAUUAGGAGAACCCACCAUUCAUGCUGCCAACCUCCCCAGUCGCCGCAUUUUGCAAGUUACAGAGCACGGGGCAAGAGUUACAGAUGUUGAAAGCCGAAUGACACUAUGGGAAUGGUCUGCAGUCGAGAGUCGGAAAAUAACAGCUGCCUCCUCCAACGAUCGACAUUUGGUAUUGAUGGUAGGCGGCCAGAAGCUUAUGGUUUUUGACAUUGGCGAUGAUAUAAAGAUGUCUAGCACCAAAACUUUCGAAGCCGACAAACAGGUCUCUGGUGUCGCGCUCACAUCAUCGCCUAUCCAGGCGUGUAUUUUAUGUUUCCCACAGUCAGCCGAAGUCACCAUUAUCGACCUGACAGGCCUGAAUAUUCGACAUACCGAAACCCUUGGCGAGCCAGGAGAUGCCGUUCCGCGGUCAGUGCUAGUCGCCUGUAUGUUCUCUGAUCGGGCCCCAACACUGUUCGUUGCUAUGGCAGAUGGCAGUGUCUUUUCCUUCUCCCUCAACGUAGCGAACUAUUCCCUGUCCGAUGCCAACAAGCUUGUACUUGGAUCGGAAGCGCCGGUGUUCAAGUUGCUGCCCCGAGCAGACGGACUUUACAAUAUUUUCGCGACCUGCGAUCAUCCCAGUCUGAUAUACGCAUCCGAAGACAGGAUAGUUUAUUCAGCCGUUAACUCAGAUAAAGCAACCCGUAUCUGUCACUUCAAUGCGGAAGCAUACCCGGGAGCCAUCGCUGUUGCAACUCCAGAUGACAUUAAAAUUGCGCUCGUGGACGCCGAACGCACAACGCAAAUCCAGACACUAAUGAUCAACGAAACCGUUCGAAGGACGUCAUACUCCUCUACUGAGCGGGCUUUUGGACUCGGAACCAUCCAAAGAACAUUGGUGCAGAACGUGGAAGAAGUGAAGAGCCAUUUUAUUCUUGCUGAUGAAAUAAUGUUCCGCCAGUUAAGCGUAUUUGAUUUGAACCCAAAUGAGCUCGUUGAGUGCGUUAUACGAACCGAGCAUCCCAGCUCUAACGCUCAGAUGGGCAGCAGUCGUCCGAGGGACAUAUUCAUUGUCGGUACUUCCGUGUUGGAUACACCGGAAGAGGCCGAGGCCCGUACGAAGGGCAGAAUACUCGUAUUCGAUGUCGACACGAAUCGCGAGCUGCGGAAGAUAUGUGACUUUCCUGUCCGAGGCGCGUGUAGAGCGCUAGCAAUGAUCAACAAUAAGAUUGUUGCCGCACUUAUGAAAACGGUUGUGGUGUUAAAUAUCAAGAAAGGAAAUCUUUAUAAUUUCGAAAUCGAAAAAGAAGCUAGCUAUCGAACAUCCACGGCACCUGUGGAUAUCUCCGUCACCGGUAAUAUAAUCGCUGUCGCGGAUUUAAUGAAAAGCAUUUCUCUUGUGGAAUACCACGCAGGAGAAGGGGGUCAACCAGACACACUUAAAGAAGUUGCGCGUCACUACCAAACGCUAUGGACCACGGCGGCGGCGCCAGUGGCGGAAAAUGAAUUUCUUGUAGCCGAUGCAGAGGGAAAUUUGGUCGUGUUGAACAGGGACACAACAGGCGUCACGGAGGACGAUAGACGACGGAUGCAAGUGACCAGUGAACUUCGGCUGGGCGAGAUGGUCAAUAGGAUUCACCCUAUGGAUCUCCAGACUUCUCCCGAAUCGCCCGUGAUUCCCAAAGCCUUUUUAGCAACGGUGGACGGCUCCAUAUACCUUUUCGGCCUUAUUUCUCCGUCUGCACAAGAUACAUUGAUGCGCCUUCAGUCAGCCCUUGCCGACUUCGUUGCGAGUCCUGGGGAGAUACCCUUCAAUAAAUACCGUGCAUUCAAAAGCAGUGUCCGCCAGGCUGAAGAGCCGUUUCGAUUCGUAGAUGGGGAACUAAUUGAGCAAUUUUUGACUUUCCCGCCCGAUAUACAAGAGGCCGCUCUAGCUAGAAUGGACGGUGGCGGGCGAGUAAAUGUCAUUGAAAUAAAGGGCAUGAUCGAGGGGCUGAAGAGGAUGCAUUGAAUUAGUCCGGGAAACGAUUUUUGACAGAUGACUGGUCAAGAUAAAAAAGCUGAGCGAGUCUGAAUGGUAUUGUUGUAAUAGAUGGGCGCCAAUCUCGAUGUUGUGAGAGAUAUAUAUGCUACUACAGUACAUAAUCUGUACAGAUAUAGCGCUUCUUCAGCAACCGUAUUUCCGCUGAGCGUAGUCCAUUCAGUGGGCUCCACUCUAUA